AUGAAGGUUUGCUGUUCUCUCCUCCUCUUAAGUUUGGUCUGUGUGCAACUCAAAGCCAACCCUGGAGUCAAAGUGAGGCUCACCCAGAAGGGCCUGGAGUACGCCAAGGAGGUUGGGUUGGAGAUCCUGAAGCAGAAUAUGGAGAAGGAACGUUUCCCUGAUUUGACUGGAUAUGAGAAAUUUGGGCUAGGUAAUGUCAAAUAUAACAUCUCAAGAAUACGAGUUGCUGCUGUUGAAUUCCCCAGUGCUUCCAUCUCCCUCAUACCCGGGACUGGGAUAAAACUGGUGAUUGGAAAUGCUUCUCUAACAGUUGAUAUGAACUGGAACAUAAGGACCUGGAUGUUCAGAGACAGUGGAAGAAGCACAGUGUACAUUUCCAAGGUGUUUGUUACUGCAAUCUUUUCAACACCCCUGGAUAAUACAGGCCAUACUUCAAUAUCACUUACCAGCUGCCGGACAACUUCUGGUGAUAUAGACAUCAAGUUGAAUGGAAAAAGUGGCUUCCUGCAUAACUUCUUUAUCAAGUAUCUGAAGAAACCCAUUCACAGGAGUUUGGCCACUAAUUCUUGUCCCAACAUCAGAUCUGGAAUCCAGUUGAUAAAUGAAGACCUUCAGUCACUGAAUGUCCUAAUGCCGAUUGAUGAUUUGGCUGAAAUAGACUACUCCUUAAAUAGCUUGCCAGCAGUAUUCCGUCCAUACAUUGACCUGGACUUAAAGGGGAUAGUAUACCCAGCUGGAAAUUAUACUGACCCUCCGUAUGCGGCAGCUCCCUUCACCAUCCCAGACCAAAGAGACUCCAUGCUCAACCUUGCUUUCUCCGAGUAUUUCUUUCAGACUUCCUCAUUUGCUUACUACACAGCAGGGGCCUUCAACAUAACGAUUGCAGAAGAGACUUGCAGUUAUUUUAAUAUAAGCACAGAGAUAUUUGGCAGUAUCAUCCCUGAGGUAGCCAAAUAUUCAGUAACACCAUAUCCAGUGAUGUUGAAGCUAAUGGCUACUGAAACACCUCUCAUCAGCUUGCAGCAGGAUUCCUUUACUCUAGAAAUUCAGGGAUCCAUGGAGGUGUUUGCUGUUCUGCCAGACUCAACCACCCAGUCAUUGUUCACAAUGAACAUAGCAGCCAACACCAGCAUUGCUCUGAAUAUAUUCAACCGGAAAUUGAUGGGCUCACUCUGUCUGAACAGGCUCCAGUUCUCCCUAACCCAUUCCAACGUUGGUUUUUUUGAGAUCUCACUUCUGGAGAACAUCCUGUCCUACAUCUUACAGACUGAAGUAAUUCCAUCAGCUAAUGCUAAACUCUCCAAAGGAUUCCCUCUUCCCAAUUUGGCCAAUGUUACCUUGACGAGACCUCAUAUUACAAUUGUACAGGGCUAUAUGUUGGUUUCUACUGAUGUUCACUACAACCAUUAAAGGAGAAGAGUGACCAUUUGUCAGGCAUGAAUUUAAAUCAAUGUGACUCUGAAGGCUGAACAACUGUGUGAUUCUCCUGAAAUGUCUCACCUGAGUCCUGAUGAGAGCAGUGGCCUGGUUUGGUGGGGUGGGAGGGAGAGCUCAGAAAUCUGAAGAAAUGGUUAGGCUUCACAAGGGUGAUAACAAGCAGACUCAGGGGCAAGCAAGAUGCAUGCUUGGCAUUAUUUAUU